AUGCGUCCUACCGCUGCAACCAGGACCCCCGACUUUACGGGCCUCGUCCUCGAUGGCCGCUACAAGCUCACCCGCAUGCUUGGUUCCGGAGCCUACGGAGUCGUCUACGAGGCCAUCGACAAAAAAUCCCGGGUGAAUAGGCACUCUCCCUCCGUUGCGGUGAAGCUCAUCAGCAAGACCACACCCACCCACAACGGCUUCUCUCACACGCCCCUCGAGAUCAGCCUUCACGCACGCGCGUCGAAGUUCCCCAAUGUCGUCACACUCCGUAGGACGCUCGACGACGGGGAGCAUUCCAUCCUCAUCAUGGACCUUUGUCCUGGCGGCUCGCUCGGGGACCACCUCGUCGAUCGGGGCGCUAUCACCGACGAACAGAUGCUCCGGACGAUGUUCCUUGACAUCGUUGAUGCCGUGCUGAACCUACAUCAGGACGGCAUCUACCACCGGGACAUAAAACCUGGGAACGUCCUGCUCGGUGAAGAUGGCAGGCAGGUGUUCCUCGCCGACUUCGGGAUGGCGAGUCGGAUCGAAUCUUACAACGAAAGGUGCGGUACGCGGGCGUACAUGCCACCAGAACUCCUCCAUUCUAAAUAUAACCAACGCCCCAGCGCGGCGCACAGCGACGUCUGGGCCCUCGGGAUCGUUCUUCUCAAUAUGAUCAUCGGCAUCGCGCCAUGGUCGAGGGCAUCUUCGUCGACGCGCAAAUACGCGGAGUUCGUGCACAACCCGCGCUACCUCAUCGAGCGCUAUCAGAUCUCCCCGGGCCUGAACAAAAUCAUCCGGCGGAUGCUCCGUGCCAACCCGCGCAUCCGCAUGCGUCUGGCCGACGUGCGACGUGCGAUCGCCGAGCUCGACUCGUUCUUCUGCAAUGAGGCAGACGGAGGCAAUGACGACCUGACCCAGGAUAUGCCCGAAGACGGCCGCGCCGCUGCGUGCCCGAGGGACGACGGGCUGACUGGGCACAAGCCAACACAGGGCGCUCAUGCUGGUCCGAGCCCGUAUACGAACCACGGUCCGAGCAAGAGGGGCGAAACCAUCGCUGAGAUGAUGAGGUCGACGCUGUUAGCCGAGAUUGAUAUCCUGCGUGCAUCGCGAACCAAACCACCGAUGUUGGAGCAACGCGCGCAGGAUUGCUCAGCCGGUCUAAGCCUCGGCCUCAGCCCCUAUAUGUCUGCGGGAGGGAGGAACGAGGGUCUGGGGGUUGGUGGUGUCUGUUCGCGUGCAAGCAGUGGGCAGACGUCGAAGAGCAGUGCCGUCGUGGCGACGCCGGAGGAUAGUGAGGCAGUGGUGGGAAAGAGGGAGAUUGGACAGCGGAUGAGGAGCAUCGUGACGAGGGUGAAGAUGAAGUUUCGAAAUAAUUGA